AUGGCGUCAUUCUACGGAAGUGGAGUUAGUCAUUAUGCUCAGCAGGUCAAGGUUGGUGCUCACUCACCUGCAAAUUGCUUUGCAGUGAUAUUGGCCUUCCAUAUGACGGUAGAGGGCUUGGAACUGGAGAGGGCGCCAGCCGUGAUGGAUGAUUUGCUGGUUGGGGAUCGAAAGUGUAUUGGCGAUAAGGAGCAUUUUGUUCUGAAGUCUCAGUAUAAUUCCGCUGUGGCUCUUGCACCAUCUGAGGUUGCAACGGUGGUUGUUGCCAUUGCUGCUGUGUUUGAGGAUAAAUAUCUUGUGGCUGAUGGGGUUUCGAUGGCGGGUUGGAAUGAGGGGCCUGAAAAACAGGGUGGUCCCAGCCUAUACCAAAAGGCUGUCCAUCGGGCGGGUUCGAAGUAUACAGCGAAGGUAUCCCGCCCCAGAACUCUCCGGGAUAUGCAUUGGUCGCGGACUCAGGCGCAGGAGAAGGUCUCUUUUAGGAAAGGCGCGGCUGGCGCCCUUGUCCACUGGUUCACCAACAGAGCAAAGUUUGAUACCAGCCCCCCUUCCCUGGUAGGACCUUUCGGCUUUCCGAGGAACUCAAAUAUUCCAGAGCAGUCUGUUAUGGCGUAA